UUCGAGCCGCCGCUGCAGCUUUACUGGACCUGGCUGCUCCAAUGGAUUCCGCUCUGGAUGGCCCCCAACACCAUCACCCUCAUCGGCCUCGCCAUCAACCUGGUCACCACUCUAGUGCUCAUCUUCUACUGCCCCACGGUCACAGAGGAGGCACCAUACUGGACAUACUUUUUAUGUGCCCUGGGACUCUUUAUCUACCAGUCACUGGAUGCCAUCGAUGGGAAGCAAGCCAGAAGGACAAACUCUUGUUCUCCUUUAGGGGAACUGUUUGAUCAUGGCUGUGACUCUCUUUCCACAGUAUUUAUGGCCAUUGGGGCUGCAGUUGCUGUUCGCUUGGGAACACAUCCUGAUCUGUUGUUCUUCUGCUCCUUUGUUGGGAUGUUCUUGUUUUACUGCGCUCACUGGCAAACUUAUGUCUCAGGGGUAUUGAGAUUUGGAAGAGUGGAUGUAACUGAGAUUCAGGUAGCUUUAAUGAUCGUCUUUAUAUUGUCUACAUUUGGAGGUGCAACAAUGUGGGACUAUACGAUACCUAUUCUAGAAAUAAAACUGAAGAUCUUUCCAGUUCUUGGAGUAGUAGGUGGAGCAAUAUUUUCCUGUUCAAAUUAUUUCCAUGUGAUCCUUCAUGGUGGUGUUGGCAAGAAUGGAUCUACUAUUGCAGGUACCAGUGUUUUGUCACCUGGGCUCCACAUAGGAUUAAUUAUUAUAUUGGCAAUAAUGAUCUAUAAAAAGUCUGCAACAAAUGUGUUUGAAAGACACCCUUGCCUUUAUACCUUAAUGUUUGGAUGUGUCUUUGCUAAAAUUGCACAAAAAUUGGUGAUAGCUCACAUGACAAAAAGUGAACUAUAUCUUCAAGACACUGUGUUUGUUGGUCCGGGUCUUUUGUUUUUAGACCAAUAUUUUAAUAAUUUUAUAGAUGAAUAUGUUGUUCUAUGGAUAGCAAUGGUCAUUUCUUCAUUUGAUAUGAUGACAUACUUUAGUUCUUUGUGUCUGCAAAUUUCAAGACACCUUCAUCUAAAUAUCUUCAAGACUUCAUAUCAACAAGCACCUGAACAGGUUCAAGUUCUUUCUUCAAAGACUCAUCAGAAUAACAUGGAUUGAAGAGACUUUCGAACAUUUGCCAUCUCUUGCUGCUGCUGUUUCAUGAAAGGAGAUAUGAAACAUGUUUAAUUUUUAGUUAAAUGUUAUAAAAAUUUCAGCAAAUAAAACAUUUCAGUGCCUCCAUUAA